AGGAUCUAGUAAUCUAUACUCCUCUGCAUAAAAUCCUACGUCGACUCAGUGACAGAGUUGAAGGAGUGAGAAGGAGCAAGAGAAAGUUGGCGGUUGGAUUCUUAAAUCUCAGGCCGACUUUCUCUGCUUCUCUGUCUCUUUAUUACUUCUUUUUAACCAAUGAAACUGAAAACCCAGAAAAGAAAAGAAAUCAAAGACUUGAAUAAUUCCUGGAGAUCUCAAUCGAAUCCUAUUCGGAUUCAAACACUAUCCAAACUUUUUGAAUCUAUUUAUACACCCAAAAAGAAGAGGAAAAAUACAAACGUCAAAAUCUAAGGGUUUUGGCUUCAGAGAUCUCUGCUAUAGGUCCAAAUAUGGAUUUACAACUGAAAAAGAGCUUAUUGCUCCUCUUGGUAUUCUUGGGAUUUGUGGGGUUCGGCCUUGGCUUGGUUUCGGCUGAUAACAAUGGCUCUGGGGAGCAGCCAUUGUCGAAGAUUGCCAUUCACAAAGCCACUCGUGCUCUCAAUGACUCCUCCUCCAUUACAGCCUACCCUUCCCUUCUCGGCUUAAAGGGGGAGGACACUCAAUGGGUAAAGGUGGACCUUGUAAACCCUGAACCGUCCACAAAUGAUUGGGUUGGAGUUUUUUCUCCUGCAAAUUUCAAUUCAUCAACCUGUCCACCAGUAAAUGACCCAAAAGAACAGACUCCAUACAUAUGCACAGCACCGAUAAAGUAUAUGUUUGCGAAUAACUACAAUUCACAAUAUACAAAAACAGGCAAAGCUUCUCUGAAGUUCCAGUUGAUCAAUCAGCGUGCAGAUUUCUCCUUCGCAUUAUUUUCAGGCGGGUUGUCAAAUCCAAAACUGGUAGCAGUUUCAAAUUCCAUUUCAUUUGUCAAUCCUAAAGCACCUCUAUAUCCACGCCUUGCUCAGGGGAAGUCUUGGGAUGUGAUGACAGUUACCUGGACAAGUGGCUAUAGCAUAAAUGAAGCUGUUCCAUUUGUUGAGUGGGGUCUGAAGCGACAAUUUCCAACUCGAUCCCCAGCUGGAACAUUGACGUUUACUAGAAACAGCAUGUGCGGUUCACCUGCACGGACAGUUGGCUGGCGCGAUCCUGGUUUCAUACACACAAGUUUCUUGAAGGACUUGUGGCCAAACUCUGUGUACACUUACAGGAUGGGCCAUAUCUUAUCUAGUGGUUCAAUUAUCCGGAGCAAGUUAUAUUCAUUCAAAUCAUCCCCAUAUCCUGGACAGGACUCAUUACAGCGAGUUAUAAUAUUUGGUGACAUGGGGAAGGGAGAGCGUGAUGGCUCAAAUGAGUAUAGUAACUAUCAACCAGGUUCACUGAACACUACUGACCAACUCAUCAAGGACUUGGAAAACAUUGACAUAGUUUUCCAUAUUGGAGACAUAACAUAUGCAAAUGGAUACAUCUCGCAAUGGGACCAAUUCACUUCUCAGGUGGAGCCCAUUGCAUCAAAAGUCGCAUAUAUGAUUGCGAGUGGUAAUCACGAGCGCACUUGGCCAAAUUCUGGGUCCUUCUAUAACCAUAUGGAUUCAGGUGGAGAAUGUGGUGUGCUGGCUGAAACCAUGUUCUAUGUUCCUGCUGAGAAUAGAGCUAAGUUUUGGUACUCCACGGAUUAUGGAAUGUUUCACUUCUGUGUAGCCGAUACUGAACAUGACUGGAGGGAGGGAUCGGAACAGUACAGAUUCAUUGAGAAUUGCCUUGCUUCUGUAGAUAGACAGAAACAACCUUGGUUGAUCUUUGCUGCUCAUCGUGUCCUUGGAUAUUCUUCUGACUAUUAUUAUGGCUUGGAGGGAUCAUUUGAAGAGCCCAUGGGAAGGGAAAGCAUGCAAAAGCUUUGGCAGAAGUACAAGGUGGACAUUGCAUUUUAUGGCCAUGUCCAUAACUAUGAGAGGUCAUGCCCCAUUUACCAGAAUCAAUGCGUGAAUUCAGAAAGAUCUCAUUAUUCAGGCCCUCCAAAUGGAACAAUCCAUGUUGUUGUUGGAGGGGCAGGGAGCCACCUAUCAAAGUUCAGCCAAGUGACACCCAAAUGGAGUCUUUACAAAGAUUAUGACCAUGGAUUUGGCAAACUGACAGCAUUCAACCAUUCGUCUCUCCUCUUUGAGUACAAGAAAAGCCGCGACGGAGAUGUAUAUGAUUCCUUCACCAUAUCUAGGGACUACAGAGAUGUCCUGGCUUGUGUACAAGACAGUUGUGAACCAACCACUUUGGCAUAUUAAACUCUACCUUAAAAUUCUUUCAGGGAAACUUAGGUGAUGGAAUUGUGUUAUUAAAAUAUUAUGAUAAUAUUAAUAUAGGCUGCCAAAUAUAGUUUUUUAUUUUA